GAACCAGGAGAAACGUUGGCCAGCAGCAAUGAGCAAGCGAAGGGGAAAUGGCCAGGUCAGGCAGUGAUGGAGAACCGCAGCAGCAAGUGGCCGGCGAUGGGCUGGAGCCACAAGUUUUAUCCCUGGAUGAGGUGCUGAGAGCCUACGAGCAGCCGAUCAAUGAGGAGCAAGCCUGGGCUGUGUGUUACCAAUGCUGCCGCUCUCUGCACCGAGACUGGCCCCGGGAGCAGGUGCGCAUUGGCCGUGUCCGGGAGCUGGCAGCCAUCCUGCUGCAUCGGGAUGGCACCGUGUCCCUGUGCGGGGAGGACCAGAACAGGCCGCCGCUUACAGGUUCAAAGGCGAACGUCUCCCCUCGAUUAUGCACAGAAGGACAGAUAGUGCAAUCCCUGGGAUUUGCUAUUUACCGAGCAUUAGAUUGGGGCUUGGAUGAGAAUGAGGAGCGGGAGUUGAGUCAGCAGUUGGAGCAGCUUAUUGACCAGAUGGCAAACAAUGACUCUGAAGGUAGUAAUGGUACAGCUGACGAGGGGUACAGCGGGCAAGAUGAUGAGGAAGAGGGUGAUAUACCACUACGUUCAGUGAAGACUUUUGAACAAGUAAUGAAGGCGUGUGCGGCACAUUUAUUGAAUCGUAAUGAAGCAGAUUCACAUUUUCAAGCAGUCUGCAGGGCAUUGUUUGUGGAAACGUUGGAGUUACGGACUUUCCUGGUGAAAAUCAAAGAUGCUAAAGAGAUGCUGAAGAAGAUGCAGUUUGGAGAUUCAGAGACACAGCAGAUCCCAUUAGUUGAAUUGGAUAACCUGAACCAUACUGACUGGGCACGUCUGUGGGUACAGUUGAUGCGAGACCUCCGCCAUGGUGUCAAACUAAAAAAAGUUCAGGAAAAGCAGUACAACCCCUUGCCUACAGAGUAUCACCUUACUCCAUUUGAGAUGUUAAUGCAGGACAUUAAAGCACGCAAAUACAAACUGCGCAAAGUUAUGGUUGAUGGUGAUAUUCCGCCAUGUGUGAAGAAAAAUGCUCAUGAACUCAUUCUCGAGUUUAUAAGAUCACGGCCACCUUUAAAGCCGGUCUCUGAAAGAAAUCUUGGACCAAAGCCUCCGAAGCCACGUAGUCUGCACGAACGAAUUCUGGAGGAGAUUAAAUCAAAGAAAAAACUUCGACCAGUGCACACAGCUGGUCAAAAUAAGAACAAAGAGGUGACCUUUGGAUCUCUGCCAUGCCUUGUGCGUGCCUGCUCUGAAGACCUAAAGUCUACUUCAUGCAUAGAUCUCUCUGUUCCUGAGUCCAUGGGAAGCACACAGCGACCUAGACCCAGAGUAUUACUAAAAGCCCCAACACUGGCUGAAAUGGAUGAAAUGAACAUUUCAGAGGAGGAAGAGUCACCAAGCGGAGAGAUGCGAAGAGUUACCAGCUCCCCUGUUCCUUUAAAACGUGAUCGCUCACUGUCAGAACAUGAUCUCCUCCAUUUGCAGUCCGAGUUAGCUCUGUCCCAAUCUGAGUCUGCUUAUCUCUCAAAGGUUUCUGAGAAUGAGACUGUAAUUGGGACAACACCUUUGCACAAAGUAGGCAAGAAUACAGACACGCAGCCUAUAAAUUUCCAGUCAGCUCGAAGCACUCGUUCUUGUUUGGUAAUGGGAGAUAACCACCAGUCUGUCAAGGGUAUUCCAGAGACUCUUCCAACCUUUUCCAAACGUCAAUGGCUGGAGGAAUUCAGUCACCCAGUGGAGAGCCUGGCUUUAACUGUGGAGGAAGUUAUCAAUGUCAGAAAGGUCUUAGUGAAAGCUGAAAUGGAAAAGUUUCUGCCAAGCAAGGAUCUCUACAACAGUCUGAGAAAGGGAAAGGUGUGCUGUUGCUGUAAGAUGAAGUUCCCCUUGUUCUCAUGGCCCUCGACAUGUUUAUUUUGUAAAAGAUCAGUUUGUGGUUCUUGCAAUUUAAAGAUCAAGAUUCCCUCCAAGAAAUUUGCUCAUAUACCGGUUUAUACUGUGGGUUUUGAGAAUAUUCAUGGAACUGCUCACAACCAAGGAUAUUUCCAAUCUCAAUCUCUGAAGAGUCUCGGUAAUCGGUCAGUAGAAAAGGAAUUUCCACACCUUUACACAAAUGGCUGUAGCUUCAAAGAUAUUUGUGCUGAGUGUGCAAAAUUUGUUGCCGACAUCAUCAACUCAAGUUGUAAAAGUGUGGACCUUCUGAAUAAUACCCCUAGGAGGAAAGUCCAAUCAAUGUAUGUGCACUCAACGAGAUCCUGAAGAAAAUAAGAGCAAGAACUAAUUGCAUUAUGAACAUCACAUGAUGUCCACCAAAGCUGUUGACAGUCAUGUUGCACGUGCUGGUGUUAUUGUUCUUUCAGGAAUUAUGCGAUGCUUCAAAGAAGUGCUCAUGACCUCUGAUCUCUAGCAGUUGUGACAAUGGGUCUUGUGGAAGUUACAAUAUAAGGAUGGACAUUUUCUUGUCAAAAUGCUAAUAUAUUUCAGCUGUGUCACAAACAUGGCAAAAUGAUGAUACUCCAAGUUAGUUCAUGGGCUGAGGAAGCUUGGACUUUUGAAUCUGAUGGCAACUAGCUCUAAAGGUCAGGGCAGGGGUCUGGGUGAAAUGUACAGAUUUUGAGAGAAAUUUGGCCGCCUUGACAGGAACAAGAGGCUUGGUCAGGGUAAAAUACAUAAAAUUGAAAAUUUAUUUUUUCUUUUAUUCUGAAUGAUUUCAUUAAUUUAUUUUUUUUUGUUUGAUGUGAUCUCCCUUAGGCUUCCAACUGGUUUUUCUGUGUUUCCAACUAGUUUUUCUGUGCUUCCAACUAGUUUUGCUGUGCUUCCAUGCUCCUGAGCCUGCUGCUGUUAUUUUGAUUCUAUUACAUUUUCUACUUCAUUAAGGCGAAUACUGACGCAAGUUUUAGAGUUCUGUCCAUGUUAUACUUCCAAAACUAGCUUCCUAUCCCAUUUAUAUACUAUAGAUUCAACCAUGUUUUACUUGAAGAGAGCUUUAUUGUAAUCCUCGAUUAAUAUGAGGAUAUUUGUUUAUCAUUAUCUAUUAUGGAGAUCAAUAUUUGUGUAUUGUCAGAGUUGUUCAUAAAUUGUAACAAUAUAAAAAUUAUCAAGAGUUAUUGUUGCCUAAGGUGAGUUCUUAUUCCUAGUUGAGCUAUAUCUCUGUGAACAUUCUGUAAACCAAAUAGCUUUACUCUCAUCAUAGCUGGAGAGAGAUCAAGCAAGGCCAUUCUGAAUUCAGAAUAACAUGUUACAUUUAUUCUAGUUACUUAAUUUACCACUAGCUAAUGGCUGUAAACAACAGAAGAAAUUUAACUUUGCAGUUAAUUGCCUGCCUGCUGAAAUGUUUGUUGUUAAUAGACAUUUUGGUGCCCUUUUUCUUUAUUAAUGGACAUAUUCAUGGGAGAAUGGAACAUUCUAAUAAUACUUUAUCUUCUCGUAUUAAUAAUAAUCUCAUCCAUCUACAGAUUAUUUAGAUAAGUAUAUAUCAGUAACAUUUGAUGUUAUGAGUUUUUAUAAUGAGGUGCUGACAUGAUGUAGUAACCAUUGAAAAGGUGUCAUAACUGAAUAUUUUAUCAGUACAUUGGAUCUUUUGUAUUGAUGAACUUCACAUUAAUGUGGAAUGGACACUAACAUUCAUAAUGUUAGAAAUAGAAAACAAACUAGAAAUAGUUCAGAGUUACAAAAUUUAAAACAAACUGAAGUUCAAUUAAUAUCGUAGAAGUAAAGUUCCUAAGUGCUUUGACUAAAAUUGUCUAAUUCAAAAAAUCACAGUAGCAAGGUCACAUUAUUCAAGCUUUUGGGAUUUGUUUGUUUGUCUUUACAUUCUGCAUUGCUGAUCCCCUUUGUGGCCAUUCUUGUGACUAUUGCAUUCAAGCAACAUUACAUCAUGGAAAGCACUGAUGAGCCUAUCAUGUUUGCAGUGUUCUACCAGGAUACACACAACCUGUAAACAUCUAAGUAAACAACUAAUGAAUGGAAACUCCAACUUUGGGAAAAAUUAAACAUUAAAGUUCUAAACGUAGCUGUUGCUAUGCAAAUCUGGAAUUGUUUCCCUUCUCAAGACUUCAUGUUUUCAUUGAAAAUAUGGGACCACAUAGUCAAUAGGCUGCAGCUUUCAUUUAUUUGAAACUGAAUGAUUAAGAAGUGAGAAAACCAGUUUCAAUAAAUGUGGAACACUGCACGUUUUAACAGCUUAUAAAGUUGCCUGAUGCUGAGUGUUGAGCUUUUCAGAGGUCUGAUGAUAGAUUUAGAAAUUUUAAGAGUGCCUUUUGAUUGUUACAAAAUCUGUUCAAGAACAUUUUACCACAGCUGCUAAAUUUAUUGUUGAAUAUGUAAACAUAUAGGUCUGGAGAAACUAGUGUUUCUGUUAUUGAUCCUACUUUGGCAUAACAUUUCUUAUUAGCUAUAGUAAGCUUAAAAUGUUUAACAAAGAUGACCUGUAAGACAAGUGCAUGAUGUAGCAUUUAAUAAGCUUGAAGGUUUUCCUGACUGCGGACAUUAACAAAGUUAUUGUUACCCACUUGGAUGUAAUGCAUGCCAAAGAAUGGCCACCAGGAGUACAAUAUCAACUGAACAGAACAUAUUAGCUUUUUAAGGAUAUGUCUCCACAAGAUAAGACCUACAGGAAUGUACUGUUAUAAAUGGAACUCUUAAGUUAGACUUGAAGACCUGUCAUAUCUGCUAGUAAAACUGUUUCUAACUAAGUCAUCAGGCAUGUCAGUAUGUGCAGUUUCUCCAUCCAAAUGUCGAUUUCAAACAGUACUUUAGCUAUCAGAGAAAUCAUGCAGGUAUGUUAUUAUAGGGCCAAGCUAUUAGCUUCUGGUUAAGACAUUGCACCACAAUGAAAAGUUGCAUCUCACCAAAGAAACUAUGAAGAACAAAGCUUGUGUUUCAGUGCGAAAAGUUUUCAGUAUAGGUAAUGAAUAUGACUAAUUAUCAAUGCACCUUCCCUAGAAUGAUGGGAUGUGUGUUGUGUGUGUGUGUAUAAUGACUGGAUAUCAGUCAAACAGCAUGUGGAAAAUAAUAUUAUAUAAAUAAAUUAACAUUUUAUGUAGAGCCUGUUGUCCAACAUGGAAUGUAAAUGUAUUUGAUAUGUAUGUAUUUUUCUUGUAAAUAUAAGUUCAAUUUACUGCUGGAUUAAAUAAAACUGAA